AUGGGUGCCCUCACCCGCAUCCUCUCGCGUCCGGUCAACAAGCCGUAUCGCACAAAGGACCUUCAACACAAUGAGCCCCCCUACCUCAACGAACAUGGCUACCUCGACUUUGCUCCUGGCGACGUCGAGAACCCCCGAGAAUGGUCCAUGACCCGCCGCUUUUUCAUCACGGUCGCGACCGUCUUCCUCGUCAUGAACGCCACGUUCGCGUCCAGCGCCCCCAGCGGCUGCUUCCCGUCCAUUGCAGAGUCCUUUCACGUCUCGGAAGAGGCUGCCGGCCUCACCAUUACCCUCUUCCUGCUUGGAUACUGUGCAGGCCCUCUCAUCUUCGCUCCCCUGAGCGAGCUAUACGGACGCCGAUGGAUCUUCUACUCCACGUUCACCCUCUACCUGGCCUUCAACUUCCUCUGCGCCUUUGCCCCCAACUUCGGCAGUCUCCUCGUCGGCCGAUUCCUCUCGGGAACCUUCGUUUCCGCGCCUCUCAGCAACGGCCCCGGCGUCCUUGCCGACCUGUGGAAUCCCAUCCAGCGCGCAAACGCCAUGGGCGGCUUCGCCGCCAUGCUCUGGAUUGGCCCCUCCCUCGGCCCCAUCAUCGCCGGCUUCCUGCAGCUCAAGAAGGACUGGCACUGGACCUUUUACGUCCUCCUCAUGCUCGGCGGCGGCUCCUUCCUCUUCAUGCUCACCAUCCCGGAGACUCACGCCCCGACCGUCCUGCGCCACAAGGCCAAGCGCCUCCGCAAGGCCAAGAUCCCCGGCUACGAGAACGUAAAGGCCCAGAUCGAGGACAGCCACCAGAACCUCGCGAGCGUGUACAAGGUCGCCCUCACCCGGCCCUGGAUCAUCCUCUUCGACCCCAUCUCGUUCCUCAUCGCCAUCUACCUCUCCGUCGUCUACACCCUGCUCUACAUGCUCUUCACCAUCUACCCCAUCGUCUUCCAAGAGAAGCGCGGCUGGAACUCUGGCGUUGGCGAGCUGCCCCUGAUCGGCACCGUCUUGGGAGCCAUGCUCGGCGGCCUCAUCGUCGCCUUCGAUACCCGCCGCCAGCAAAAGAAGGUCGACACGGGAAAGAAGCAGCUCCACGAAAUGACUCCCGAGGACCGUCUCCCCCUCGCCAUCCUCGGCGGCAUCACCUUUGCAGGCGCCAUGUUCUGGUUCGCAUGGUCAGCCAACUACAACUCCGUUCACUGGAUCGUCCCCACCAUCGCAGGAGCCUUCCUCUCCACCGCCCUCCUCCUCCUCUUCGUCGGCUUCCUCAACUACCUCGUCGACGCUUACCUCAUGUACGCCGCCUCCGCCAUCGCCGCAAACACAAUCAUGCGCUCCGCCUGCGGCGCCGCCCCGCUCUUCACCCUCCAGAUGUUUCACGCCCUCGGCGUCGGCGGCGGCGGCUCCCUCGUCGGCGGCGUCGCCACCGUCCUCGCCAUCAUCCCCUUCAUGUUCUACAAGUACGGCGCCGCCAUCCGCGCCCGCAGCCGCUUCAACCCAAAGGGCCGCAAGCCGGCCGAGAAGGAGGACGUCGAGACCGGGCCGACGCCCGUCGUGCUGGAGGAUCCGAAUGAGGGCGGCUCGGAGGAGACGGAGUCUGACGAUUCCUCGAGCUCGAGUACCGUUGCCGGGGAUGAGAGCGGGGAGAGAAAUACGAAUGAGAAGCACCCUGAGCAUAAACAGGGAGAAGCUCGCGAGCGCACAGAAGCAUCUGCUUCUACAGAGAAGGUGAAGGAGGAGUCUCCUUGA